AUGCAGUUACAAGGCGAACUCCAACAAAAGGGACGCCAGCCACACUUCUACCGAGGCCCAAUCCACGGCGUGGGCGUCAUCCUACGAAACGAAGGCUUACGUGGUAUCUAUCGUGGUCUGGGAACAGCCUACAUCUACCAGAUCCUCCUCAAUGGCUGCCGGUUAGGUUUCUAUGAUCCUAUGCGCAAGGGUCUGGCAACCUUGUUCCUCGACAACGAAAAUGCCCAGAACCUCGGUAUCAACAUGUUUUGCGGUGCCUUCUCUGGCGUCAUUGGCGCAGCCGCCGGCAGCCCGUUCUUCCUCGUCAAAACCCGUCUUCAGAGCUAUUCGCCGUUUUUGCCAGUCGGCACUCAACACCAGUAUCGCAAUGCUUGGGAUGGCCUGUCGCAGAUCUACCGUGGGGAGGGUGUAGGCGGUCUGUAUCGCGGUAUUGGUGCGGCAAUGAUCCGAACCGGCUUCGGCAGCUCCGUCCAGCUGCCGACAUAUUUUUUCGCCAAGAGACGGUUAAUGCGACAUGCUGGUAUGGAGGAGGGCCCUGCUUUGCACCUGGCCAGCAGCGCUGCCAGUGGUUUCGUUGUCUGUUGCUUCAUGCACCCUCCUGGUAAGUGGCUGUCUUCACCAAAGAACGCAAAACGCGGGCUCAGAAGAGGAGCAUCCAUCGCUGACACAAAUGCGUCAUCUAUAGAUACCAUCAUGUCUCGCCUCUACAACCAGAACGGCAAUCUCUACAAGGGUGUUUUCGACUGCUUGGGAAAGACGAUUCGCACCGAGGGCUUUUUCGCCAUCUACAAGGGGUUCCUGCCUCACCUGGCAAGAAUUCUGCCUCACACCAUCUUGACGCUUUCGCUGGCUGAACAGACUAACAAGCUGGUAAGGAAGUUUGAGGGCCGGAUGUUGCCAAUGGUUGCCAAAGCAUAA